GCAUAGACCUCCCCGCCUGUGCACUGACUUGCCACACAGGUACUACAGUGUAAAGCAUUCCCCUCAACCGGCUUCAGUCAACCACCGACUUAUUGCAAAGCACAACAGUUUCAGCUGGACGAAACCAUGAAAACUUUACUGACCACCGCAACUUUAGUGGCAGCGCUGCUGGCGAGCGGUCAUGCAAAACCUCAGAAGCCUCAAUACGAAGCAGAAGGACUAUAUGUAAGGUCAGCGGACAACGUAGAAUUCGCUGAUGAACAGGACGGGCAGUACAGAGAGGAGCUCUACAGCAACAACGUCAACACAAUACCUGGCACCCCCGGCACCGACUACCCCACCCUGGCCGGCAUCCCCAAGACGGGCUUCACGUGUGCGGACAAACUCCCGGGAUUCUAUGCUGAUGAAGAAGCGCGCUGUCAGGUAUGGCACUAUUGCAAGACGGACGGCUUCAAAGAAAGCUUCCUGUGCCCCAACGGGACGGUCUACAACCAAGCCAACCGCGUGUGCGAGUGGUGGUUUAAUGUGCUCUGUGAGAACACCAGCGCCUCCUACAGGGUGAACGAAGACUUAUACAUCAUCCCAUCCUCAACCGAGACUCCUGACGCUGCAGGAGUCCCUGUACACUACAAGGAGGAGCCUCUACAAUACCAUCACGAGCCAGACUACUACACGGCCUGAGUGAUACAUGUACGCAAGAUAUAAUUGAACUUUACGCAUCGGACAAGACAAUCGAAGCAGAUAACUGGUUCUUUUAUUAGUGGUUAUUGCUUCAUUGGUGUGGGGUUAUUGGUUUAAGAAAUCAACAUUUUCCAGUGUCAAUUCAUUUUGAGGAUAGCAUCAAUAAUUUACAUUUGUUUCGAAUCGAAAAUCUUUCUGAAUAAACUAUUUGACUAUAUUUAGAGAACUAAUCGAAAGAAAAACGAAUAAAUCGUAUUAUUCACAAACACAUACGCAUCGAUCGCCGACCACAAAGACUCAACCCAAUUGUUGAGAUGCAGAGUUUUUGUUUAUCAUGGUUUCCAACUAACCCUAGACGUAGUUAAAAGCUCGUCUUCACCUAGUCUCCAUGUGAAUUAGUUUCCCAAAAAUUUAUUAUUUGUCUAUCUCACAGCCUCACCGCCGGUUUAAGUUUGCUGCUUGCCUGUUAAAAAUUCAUCCCAACCGAGGUAGUUUAGAGAUUAUUGGUUGAUAUUUUAGUUACUUUCAACCGUUUCACCGUUCAAAGUUCAUACGGCUGCUGAAUUGCCAAGAUCUCGUCGAUCUGACCAUACACAAAUGAUUCUUUUGCUUGUCAGAUCUUUUCCACGAGUAUAUCCAUUUAUUCUCCCGUCGCAUUGACAAAAAUUUAUUCAAGCAUAAUUGCUCAAUGAUUAGUCAAAAUAAUCAUUGCCCAUAUCUGUCCAUGAUUUAAUCACGUUUUAAUAGCCCGAUAUUAAUGUCAUGCCUUAUGUUCGUAGCGCUGAUCAGUGAGAGCUGAAUAUUAUAUAUUUAUUGUUGAACCUAUUUCACCAGAAAUCAUGUUUUCAUGUUAUUUUACGAGUGGAAAGUAAAUGGCGUUAUACUA